CCAAGGGUGAGCACCCCAGUUUUCACACAUUAAAGAGCUGAAGAGCACAAGUCCUCUGAGGGAUCCCACCUGAGCGAGUGAGAGAAGGUUAACAACAUGUUCAAGACCAGCUACCUGCGCAAGGAGGUGCGCAAGGAAAAGUACGAGCAAUCGGAUGUCUCCCAGGAGGAACUGGAUGACUCGGCGGGCAUCUCGGCCAUCCAGGGCUGGGAGAACCUCCAGGAGCUCAACGGCCGCUUUGCCCGCUACAUCAACCGAGCUCGGGUCCUGGAGCAGCGCAACGCCGUGUUCCGCAAGCAGCUGGAGACUCUUCAGCGCAUGGAGGAGGCCAGCGGCUUGGAGGAGACCUUCAAGGAGCAGAUCCAAAUCAACCAACAGCGAAUCCGAGAGCUCACUUCUGACCGCGGCAAGCUGGAGCGAGAGCUGAGGGAUGCCUGCCGCAUGCUGGAUGAGUUCACCAGCAAAUACAGAAAUGAAUGUGACUAUCAAGAGCAACUACGGUGCUCACUGGAACAGCUAAACAAGGAGGCCGACAGUGCUCUGCUGAAAAAUUUGGAGUAUCAGAUCCAGUCGCAGUUUCUACAGGAUGACAUCAACUCUACCAGAGAGAGACAUAGGAAGAACCUUGCAGAGAUCCAGACCUUUGUCAACAUUUUGCAGCAAAUCAACCAGACUCUUCCGCUUGCUUCCACUGUGUCAGUGGGCAUCUCCGAGGAGCAAGAGAAGAUGCUGGUGCAGAGCAGGUUGCCAGCCCUGCAGAGUCAGCUGGAGGAGUACAAGAGCGCCCUCUGCCAGCUGCACGCCCAAAAACAACGUCUUCAGGCCGAGGCGGCAAUGUUGGAGCAAACCAUCAGGAGCACCCAGGAGGGUUUCGACGACGAGAUCCAGCUGUACAACGAGAAAAUCGAAUCGCUGCGCAAGGACAUCGAGGAAGCCGAAAGGGCCCUGGAGAGGCUCACCGGCGAGUGUCGUCACUUGGCCAUGUACCAAAUUUCUCUGGAGAACGAGCUGGAGAGGUACAAGAGGAUCAUCGAGAAUGAGGACAACAGGUUAAACUCUGCAAUAAUCGGCACACCGGUCACCCUGUUCACGACCAAUUACCAGUACACCCACACUCCACCUGCCUCAAAUCGAGGCAGAGAUAUCACUCUUGCCAUCCAAGAUAUCUCCAACAUAAAACCUCGCCAGAAGAUCAUGGCCAAGAAAGUUCAGAAGAAGAAGGAGCUCACGCCUAAAGAUGUGUUUGACACCGGUCCGGAGGAUCGAAACGCAGGCGCUGCCGGAGGAGCGGCCCCAGACGGCGAAGCUGAGGUGACGGUAGAAGUUCCGGAUGAUAAUGUGAGGAAGACCGAGGAGAGGCCCGUGUUCUCCGCAGUGUCUCCGCAAGACGUUCCUGACGGAGCUCAGAUCAGCAAAGCCUUCGACACACUUUGCAACAUUGUCCGAGAUCGGAUGAGGAAGUACAAGAGACCGGAGCCCAUCGCCGACUUCUACACGAAGGGUCGUUACGUCCUCGUCACCGGCGAAGGAAGCUACCCAGAUCCUUGCUUCCGCACCACCACACCAACCGCUGGACAAGUUGUAGUCAUGAUCAAAGAUAAGCCUCUUGGACCGCCUCCUCAACCAACUCAACCCAUACCUGGUUCCGGACCUGGAAUUCCCGCACCUCCUUCCAAUAUGACUGGAGGAAAGGAAGACAAGGGUGGAAAAGGGAAGGACGACUGCAGUAAAGACAAGGUUAAGAAAGAAGAGCCUGAACCUCGACCCAAAGAUCCGGUCCCAGUCCAGCCUUUCUCUGGUCCCAAAGACCCAACUCCGGUCGUGGAUCCUGCCCAUCCAAAGAAGAACAAGGAUGACAAUGGACCAAGCGGGACGACUCCUAAAUCUCCCAAAUCCAUGCCCCGCGCCGCCAGCACCAGUUCCAGUUCUAGCAGCAGCACCAGUACCAGCUCCAGCUCCAGUUGCUUCACUCCAGAAGCCGUGAGCUACGAGAAGGUGGUGCUGGAGUCUGUUGAGAAGUUCUCCAACGGCCGCAAGCUUAAAGGUUACGAGGAGACUUCCAUGGUGGUGGAAACCACCAUUGAGAAAUCCAGCAAGAAGAAACAUUAGAAGAACGCGCACCAAACAGUCCUGCUCAUCUUCCAGGCUCCUCCUUCGACUUGCGGUCUCAGGUUCUGCGUAUCUUCCAGGCUCCUCCUUCGACUUGCGGUCUCAGGUUCUGCGUCGAGAGAGUCUUGCUCAUGCUUUAGUUCUUUACUGUCUGAAAACUUGGGACAAAAAAAAAAACAAGCGCCGUGCCACCUUCAAGAAAAUAAACAAAUGAGAAGAAGUAUUCCAAAAGUUGUGCUACCCAUCGGUCUUCCAUCUCCAAUUUUCCCCUCUUGAGCUCAUUUGUACAAUUGGAUGCCACUG